AUGCCGUCGCUUGUCAUCCGCCUUGUAUUAGCGCUGGCCCUCCUAUGCGCGACCGUCGCUGGCCAUGUCCAAGCCGACGUCCGUUCGCGCAAGGUGCCUCUGCGCGGCGUGAACCUCGGCGGCUGGCUCGUGGCGGAAAACUGGAUGACACAGGACGCGUCGAUUUGGAACCACGUACCGAGUCACGAGUGCGAGCACGGCGAGUACCAUGCGAUGAAGGCGCUCGGGCACAAGGGCCAAGCUGCUUUUGAUCGCCACCGCAGCACGUUCAUCACCCAAGCCGACGUUGAAGCCGUCGCCGCCGCCAAGUUCAAUACCGUCCGCGUGCCCGUCGGGUACUGGAUCCAAGGCUGCGAUCACAUCACGAACGGCACGCUCAAAAAGCAGUGCGAGGUGUAUGCCAAAGGCGGUCUUGCGUACCUCGAUGUGCUCGUCAAGGAGUGGGCGCUCAAGCACAACGUGGCGGUGCUUCUGAGCCUCCACGGCGCGCCCGGUUCGCAGAACGGCAAGGACCACAGCGGCGUCGUCGACGGUAUGCAGUGGGGCGACGACGCGACGGUGGCUGCCACCAAGACGUUUGCCCACUUUCUCGUCGACCGGUACGCGCACGAGCCUGCGUUCCUCGGACUGGGUUUGCUCAACGAACCGUCCGCGGACGUCGACCUCAAAGUGCUCAAGCACUAUUACAACGACAUGUACCACGAGCUCCGCGCCAAGACCGACUGCAUCCUCGUCAUGAUGCCGCAGCUCCAGCUGCAGCUCACGGGCCAGCUCGAGGACCUCGACAAGUCGAUGCAAAACGUCUGGGUCGAGUGGCACCCGUACCUUAUUUGGGGCUACGAAGACUACGACGAAGACAACCUUCUGCACAAGCACGGCGUCGACGACCUCACCAAGCGCAUCGCGUCCUGGAAGGGCCAUCCGCUGCUCUUUGGCGAGUGGAGCUUUGUGACGGCCAACGGCACCUUCAAGAAACUCGACGCGUUCCAGCCGUUCAUGCACAAAAUGCUCAGCACGAUGAACGCCGCCGGCGCGGGCUGGACGUACUGGACGUGGAAGGUGGCGGGCGACGACACCAUGUACGGCGGCCAGAACCGCUGGAGCAUGCGCCAAAUGCUGCACCGGUUGCCGCACGCGACGACGAACGACACACCGUCCGACCAGAACGCAGCCGCGCUCUCGUUCAGAAGCGGCGCCAACGUGACGGUGGCCACAUCGAUGCUGGCAACCGACGAGAACUGGGUUGCUUUCUUUGGCCCGCCGCCGGUCGAGCGCUGGACGUACGAUACGACUACGCAGCAGCUCCGGUCGUCGGUCUCCGGUCUCUGCCUCGACGCCUCGUACGGCACCACGUCGGCCUACGCGGCUCUCGAUAUCAAGGGCUACCCGUGCCAGCGCAUCAACUACAACCAAAAGUGGAUUUUCCGCAACCACCAGCUCGUGUACCGCCCCAACAGCAAGUGCUUAUCGGCGUCGACUACGACAUCGCUGACGCUCGUUGACUGCGACGCCUCGUCGCCCGACCAGACGCUCCAUAUUAUCACCGACGGUAGCAAGAACGACAGCACGAACGGCAGCAGCAGUGGUAGCCAGGACGGCAGCAGCAGCGGUAGCCAAGACGACGAGACCGUGCGCAUCUUUCUCAACUCGACCGGUGCCCGCCUCGUGCUGUACCGCAACGAGACGGUCCAGUUUCGCGCGCGCAAGUACCCGUACGAUGGCGGCGUGUGGCUGCUGCGCACGGUUGACGGGCUGCUGCAGCACCACGCGUCGGGCCUUUGCCUCCAGAGCGACGACGACACCAAGCGUAUUGCGCUCGCCGCGUGCGACGACAACGACAUGAGCAUGCAGUGGGCCUACGACGAGAAGACGCUGCGGCUCAUGCACGGUGACCGGGCCUACUGCUUGGACGCCCGGCGGCCGAUGCAGCCGACGAUCGCCAAGUGCUCGCGCGCUACUUCCCAGCGCUUUUCACUGCAGCAAACAGACCAGUAGAAACAGUCUACGUUGUCGUCCUUGUGACUAAUAACUUAAAUCCAUCCCGUGGCCGUGGUCAUGGAAUUUUGAUGCCAAC